AUGAUCUCGUCGGCUCAUCUCCCAGUGUCUGGUGUAUUCCACUCUUUCCUGGACUAUGUUCACACCACUCUAAACUUGGAUCCUCUUGUCUUUGUGAAUUUUGGGCUCAUUGUGAUCGGUCUCAUAGCCUCGCUCCGCUCCGCCGGAGCUAUAAUAUAUAGCUACGCCGAGAAGACAUGCUUAUCGACGGUACAUGUAGAGGAAGAUGAUCCUCUCUACGAUGAUAUCAUUCGCUGGAUGAACGAUCAUGAAUUUCGGCAUCGCAACUUCCUCUCCGUCCUGGCACAAACCCUUAACAAUUCCGACAGCGACAAUGCGCUAAUACAAUCAUCGCCAUCAAAACUAGAUUUUGAUAGACUAGUCAGCUACCGAGAGGUAGACGACAAAUCGUUUGUUGAGCUCAAACCUUUCCACGGGUCCCGUCUCUUUCGCUUCAAGCGAACAUGGAUACUUUUCGACCAUGCAACGAAAAGUCCUGAAGUCACCGGUCGCAUUCCAUCAGUGGAAGGCAAGUCUAAGUUGAAGUUGCAGUGUCUCAGCCUUUCCCUCUCUCCGAUCAAGAAGUUCCUCGACGAAGUCCGCGCGUACGGUUGUAAAGUCUCCGUAUCUAGCACCACAGUCUAUCGCACCAGGCAUAACUCUCGCGACGUCGUCCGGUGGAGCUCAGUCACUUCGCGACCGUCUCGGGACAUAUCUACCAUCAUCCUUGACAAGCACAAAAAGCAAACUAUCCUGCGGGAUAUCAACGAGUACCUUCAUCCGCAUACAAGACAGUGGUAUGCCAACCAUGGCAUUCCGUAUAGACGUGGUUAUUUGUUUUCUGGGCCUCCGGGCACUGGCAAGACGAGCCUUGCAUCCGCGAUUGCCGGUGUCUUCGGCUUGGAUAUAUAUGUGUUGAGUCUGCUAGACCCGACUAUGACAGAACCACAGUUUAUCCGGCUGUUCUCUGAGGUACCCACGCGGUGCGUAGUGCUGUUGGAGGAUGUCGAUGCCGCAGGGCUCAGCAGAUGUGACCUGGUACCUAGUCAAGAUGGUACUCAGCCCAGGUCAGACGCGCAAUUUACCAUGGGAGCCGGGAGGGCAACGCCGGCAGGUACAUCGGCAAUCUCUCUAUCUGGAUUAUUGAACGCAAUCGACGGCGUCUCAUCCCACGAAGGCCGCAUCUUGAUCAUGACAACCAAUGUGCCGCAGCGUUUGGACCGCGCACUUAUUCGACCGGGUCGUGUGGACAUACAUACUCGAUUUGGGCUUCCGUCUCAAGAGGAGCUGCGAAACCUCUUCUUGAGCAUAUAUAGCGACGUGUUUCAGAACACAGCAGCCCCUACAGGACAGGAAAACGGGCAAACCGAGAAGCUGAAUGAGCUUGCAGGGCACUUUGCGGGACGCCUGUCUGAGGGGCGGUUCAGCCUUGCAGAAGUACAAGGUUUUCUUUUGCGGUAUAAACGGCAGCCGGACGAAGCGUGUGACAAUAUUAGUAGCUGGGUUAAGGAAAUGGAAUAUAAUUAA